AAUGUGCUGUUACACGAAUAAUACAUUGUGCAGCUGGGGUAAUACCAUUUAGCCAAACACGAACUACGUCUAAUUUUAAAAUUAGCUUAUAUAGAUGUAAUGCAGUAGCAAUGCAGAAUUGUGUCAGGUGGAAUGCACCUCUACUCAGAUUGCGUUAACCUGGUUUUCAUUCUACUACUUUUUCGUCUAAAAUUAUUUUAGGCUAAUUUGGCAAUAGAUUCAGUGCAUUCAUAGAUGAACGUAACAUAUGGUUGGAGUUUUUUAUUUAAAAAAAUACUGUUAGUGCAAUUCAAUUCACAAGACGCGAGCUAUCCAUCAAGGCAUUUAAUAAACAGUUAUAUCGAAUUGAUUGCAAUAUGACAAUUUUUCUCCCCACGUUUGCUAGCGGUUUUCGCUGAAAAACGAACGAAAAACUCAGAUGACAGCUGAGAAAUUUCUUCGCAUAAGGGCUCUUGAAUCGCAAACCAGAUAUCAUUAAGGAUAAGAAUUAAGGAUCCUGUUGUCGUCCUGCAUCUAAUUUUCUGAUCUGUUUAUCUUAGGCUAGGAAAGUUGAGGAAAUAGAAUCGAAAUUAUUGCAACCUAACCCACGAUAAACAUAUUCAAAGAAACUAGACCAUAAAAUUAUUGAUGGGAAAAUAACAGAAUAGUAACCGGUACCUCGCCCACAGGAAUCACCUAUCUUGAACAACAAGCAAUUAUAUUUCUCAAAUCAGUGGUUCCCAACUGUUUUUGGCGCAUUUCUCUCCUGGCAUAUUAUUAAGCUCCCCUACUACGCAUAAAACAUAUUUGCAUUCAAUUUUUAACGUGACCUUUGCAUGCGAUACGUGUAACUAGUUAACUGUCUUUUGUUCAUUUUGAAUGGUUUAUAAUGUAUGCGUAUAUGUAAUAACAAAUACAAUAAUAAAUAAUUAAAAUAUAUUAGAAAUACUACACGCAAUCGCAACGUAUAAGUUCCUGCCCAGAAACAUUCAAUUUCCUUUCUGAUAAAGAAUUCGUCCUUGCUCGACAAACGUUCUCCAAAAUACUACUGGCAGUUGUUAUUGUGUGAAAAUGAGAGAAUAUUCUUGAAAAAGAAAGAACGUUCUGUAUAUAGUCACGUGUAAAAUCAUGUAUAAAAACAGCUGAGCUAUCUCGAUGUUAGUUACAUCGAUCGACAAAGCGAGAGAGAGAUAUAAUAAAACUGAAAAUGCCGCAAACGGUUAUGCCAAAGUACAAAACGUCCUCAGAUGGACUUAUGAUGUCAGAAUUUCCUAAGAUCAAGCAAACUGCAACGAGAAUAGGCGAUCCAAAUGAUGCGACCUACAGAUUAGCUAGUUUUUCUUCAUAUCUCAACGUACCAAUACAGCCGAAAAUUCUCGCCAAAGCCGGAUUUUACUACACGGGACAAGACGAUAUCACGCGUUGCUUUAGAUGUGGAUCACGUGUAAGGAACUGGGAGAAAGACGACAAUCCCUGUGAUUCAAAAUAUCACGAACGAGACUGUACAAUAAAUAGACAAAGACCAAUAGAUAUGCCAACCGCUGAGCAACAGUCGGUUUCUGCUACUCGUACACUUUCGUCGAAUUCGGGUCAAACGAAUACAUUGAAUGCGAUGGAAUCGAAUGCUCACGAGUUCAGUUCGGGUGCGGGAGCAACAAAUCAAGAACAAUUGUUUGAGACGUUCAAUCUGGACCAUCCAAUAAACCCUCAUAUGAGAAAUGAAGACGUUAGAAUGUCUACUUUUCGAGACAGAGGAAACUGGCAAGUUCGGAGAAUACAUGCAACUCCGGAACAACUUGCAAAAGCAGGCUUUUUCUAUUUGGGUGAAGAAGAUAAAGUGAAGUGUUUUUACUGCAAUGGAGGUCUGUGCGAUUGGGAAUAUAACGACGAUCCAUGGAUAGAGCACGCCAAGUGGUAUCCCCAUUGUGAGUUUACAUUGCAUCACAAGGGACCUGCGUUUAUAACAGACGUAACUUCACAAUUUCCAAACUUAACUCGGUCUACAACAACUUCGUACGAUAUUCCACCUCCUGGAGCACACGUGGUAUACCAGAAUUACGGAAGUUGGAUUCCGCCACGUCGAAAUGGAUUCUCUCGUUCUCGCGGCGCCGAAAUUGUGGAUCCGAGAGAAGAAGACAAAAAAAGAGAAGUUUUGAUAGAAUCGGCACUAGGUAGUUCUGAAUUAAUUAAACAAGCACGUGAUAUGGGAUUCACAAACGAAAAACUUCGAAGAGCAUUACAAAAACAAUACCAAGUCAAAGAGAGAAAUUUUUGCAAUAUUGACGAAGUACUGGUAACUAUUGGCAAUUUAGAAGACGAAGAACAUGUUGCAACGAGAACAAAUCACCCAUCCACAAAUCAAAAUUCAACUAACACAACUCUCAUGCCUAGUAAUCCCGAAGAUCGAGAAAAUCGAUUAAAACAACUUGAAGAAGAGAAAAAAUGCAAAAUAUGUUUAGAUGAAGAAGCAAAUGUUGUUUUCGUACCAUGUGGACAUUUAUCUACAUGUGUAUCUUGUGCACAAAGAGUAUCAAAUUGUCCAAUAUGCCGGUCGUACGUUCGACAAAAGAUCAAAACAUACAUUUCUUGAUAGAUUUUUAUUAACAUUAUUGUAAUAUGUUUCACUUAUUUUUUAUGGAAAUUUAUUUAAAUCUAACAGUGUUAUAUUUGAAACCAGUUUUCACUGGAAAAAAAAAAUUUUUGUUAACACAAGUCUCUUUUUUAUCAAAUCAUAUUAAAAAAUUGUAGAACGUUUUGUAUAAUAUUUAAUGUCUGUGUAAUUUUUUUGCAUGGAAAAUUUCAAUUAAAAAUGUGGUCCAUUUCCGUCUCUUUUUUGUCUUCAAUUUCAUUUUUAUACAUUGAAACAUUUCCAUAUAUACAUAUGUUCAUAUAUCUGGGGUGACCGUCGAAAAUGUAAUUUUAUUAUUAUUUCUUAUUUAAAUAAGUCAACCUCAUCUGCCAUAUAAUUUUUAUUUUGUGUGCAUUCUUGCCGAAUAACUGUGUGCAAAUUCAUCUGGAUAAAUGUAUAUUUUCCCUCCCAUUCAUAUAUGUAUCCUUUCAAGCCACGGUGAGGUGGGGUUCCGACACUAAAGCAUUAAACACUUUAACCCACUGGGCAAAUUGUGACACUGUCUAAAAAAUGAACACAGAACAUGUAUGCAGCAUUGUGAACAAUUUAAGACGACAAAAUAUAAAAUAUUUUUUGCGGCAAUUUAUUCAAAUAUGCUAUGUUUGGUAUCAUAUUUUACUUUUGAAAUCUAUUUAAUAAAAGUAUUUUGAUAAACA